AUGUCGGGCCGCAUCCAACACGGCCGCAUCGGCAAGUACAGUUCUCCAGAUAAAAAGCCUUUUCCCACCCUUGUUAAGCCAUACUUCUUCAAACCUACUGCGGACAACCGGCGUUUACGCCCUUACAACAAGACACGUUAUGUGUUCAACUUCUCCCAAUGGGAAGGCAAAACUAUUCACGAGUUGGCUUACGACCAUCGACCGCGCGGCCUCUACUUCCUCGAUUUCAUAACUGGUCCAAAGUUCGAUUUAGCAAGUCGUCCUGACCUGAUCAGCGCCCUGCGCUCCCUUAACAAUGAGUGGUAUACAGCUCACCUUUACCCGUCCUUCGCUAAGGGGCUCGCCAAACGAGGAUUCAAGAGAUUUGAGAUUGAAGGAUCGGUGUAUGAGUGCGCCAAGUAUCCCAAGAAUCUCAACCCCCAUCUACAAUGGUACUUGUCGUGCGAGAAAACACCGUUCGACCAUUUCAUAGAGAUGGAAACGCCCUACAAGGCAACCGUUUGGACCCAUAGAAAGCCGGAAGUAACUUUCGAUGCGGAGCCCCUCGCGGCGCUACGACCUGAAAGCGCAAAUACGGGACAAGGGAUGGGGUGGGAGGCGUAUCCAAUACGUCUCUCUUUCUUCGGGGUGCCGAUUCGAAUUGAACGCCUGUACAUUGAUGACCCAGAGAAGAAGAAGACCUAUCUUACUGUUCUACCCGCCGGUAUCAAUGGAAAUUAUGUGGCAUCGGAGUUCCUACAUCUCACCAUGGAGUUGAAUGAGGAGGGCAAACCGCUGGGCUGGGCAGAAAAGAUACUGGGCCUUCCGUUCCAUUUCUCAGGCGCUCUUUGCAGUACGUACUACGUUGACGUAGUCGAUGCUCGUUUCGAGAAGAUCGAAGACGAAUCUGUCAUUAGGACCGGUCUUCGGUUCGAGAUGAGAGGCGUUAUCGCUGCAGUUGACGAAGGCAAGAUAUCCGUCAAGCCAGACUGGCUAGAUCCGCGACUUUUGGAGGAUGAGGGGAAUCGCGAAAUCAUGCACAUGACUCUGCAGGAGGGUGUUGAAGCACCAGUGGUCGGAGGAAAGUACCUGAUUAAAGGUAUUCUUCCACCGCCAGGUUUUGGUUGCAGUAAGUGGGGACCUACAUUCGAUUGGAAACACGGCAAGCUACCGGAUGGAGUUUGGAAGGCUUUUGCGUUUGAUCGCAUUACCGAGUAA